ACUGUGUGCUCCACUGAUACACCAUUGCCGAAGGUACAGUCAGAGCUGUGUCGAGUAAACGACAUUAAAGUUGGCAACAAGAUGAGCGAAAAUCGACGAAGACGGGAGGAGGCUACCGACAUAGUGACAAAACCAACUCUGUUCGGUAUCAUAGGAGCCCUGAACCGCGACCCAGAGACAGUAGAGAACCACACUAGGCAAAUCGAGUCUUUAAAGAAGGAAAUCGAAGGGAAAGACAAGACUCUGUCAAGGUUAAACAAGGAUUUGAAAGAUUUACGGGCUCAAAACGAUGACUUACAGAUUACCUUGGAGUCUAAGAACCAAGAAAUCGAAGCGCUGAAGGACAAAGUUGAUAAACUAGAAACCGAGAGGAAAAUAUUGGAAAAGAAACUACAAUAUGUCGAACUCAAAUUUAAGGAUUUGAAAAACCAAACCGACGAAAAGAACAAAGAAAUCAGGGAUUUUAAGAUCUUACUGGAGUCGAAGGAUAAAGAAAUAACAGCCAUGAAAAGGGAAGUUGAGGAUUUGAGAGACCAAAACGACGAGAGAGCCAAAGAAAUCAAGGAUUUGACGAUUUCAUUGGCAUCGAAGGAUAAAGAAAUAAUUGCCCUGAAAGAUAGGAUCAGAGAGCUUGAAAAUGCGCUGAAAAGUUUGGAGCUCUUUACUGAAGCCUUGAAGAAUGAAUGGGAGGAUGCGAGGGAAGCACGCAAGAAAAGCGAGAAAGACAAAAAAGAAAUGAAACUAACCAUAGAGAAACUGUCGAAGAAUAUUCAGAGAAUGACGAAGGAACGCGACCAAAAAGAAGAAGACGACCUCAAAUGGAAAAAGGAAUUCCAAGAAAGUAUGCAACUAGUGCAGUCUUAUGGAAGAGGUAGCCAGUCUUUGCCUGAUCCAGUUGAGAAUGCUUUCAUUCUUCUUGGUCAAAUGUGCUCGCGAGUGCAAGCGAUGAUGUACCAGAAAGUACUUCCAGACCGUUAUAAUGAAGAAUACUUGUAUAAAUUGAAAUUCAUCGAAGAAGACAUUGCGAGAGAACAGGGAGACCUUAAACGUCAGGCGAUUGAGAGAUGGGAUGAAUUGAAAAGGAAACUAAGCUGGGAUGACAUCAAUCAUCCCAGAACACUGAAAGAAAUCCAGAGGAAAAGAAACGAUGUGGCUCAUCCCAAUCUGCUUACAAAGGAAUUGCUUCUCAAUUCAGCUGAAAUGAUGCAAGAGGCAGGAAAACUGUCCGGCAGAAUGUCUUUGACUCAUGUCCGUCAAAUAAUAAAAAUAUGGGACCUUCUAGAUCAGAUGGAGUAGUGGAAACUUCAAGCAUGUGUUCAACACAUACACGUAUGUACAAUUAGAGUAACUGACUGUUUUAAUGUUUGGUCCAGCCUAAGCGUUGGACUGGCCUAAAUAUCUUGUUGGCAACAACUGCCGGUAGAGUGACCGA